AGGGGCCUGCGCUACUUUGGCGCGCUUUUGAAAGAGCCCCUUCCUGUUUUGGUCGCAGCUUGCACUUGUUCAGGGGCCAGUUUGUGUUUUGCAAACGCCUUCUCCUUUGGCCCGUUUGCAUCCUUCUUCCCCGGACCCCGGCUACCGGCAGCAGAGAUGCGCACCCGCGAGGAGGUGGACGCGACGCUGCAGAUCGCGAAGCUGAACCCCUCGGAGCUGCUCCCCGCCGUGCACUGUCUGAGCUUCAGUCCCGGGGCCAGCGGUGCCACGGCCGGAGACUUCUGCCUGAUGGAGCUCGAGCCUGCGCUCUGCCAGCAGCUGGAGGCGGGGCACAGUCUUGUGAUCCGUGGUGACAAAGAUGAACAGGCAGUGAUUUGCAGUAAAGAGAAAACCUAUGAUCUGAAAAUAGCAGAUACUUCAAAUAUGUUGCUUUUUAUACCGGGGUGCAAAACUCCAGAUCAAAUAAGAUCUGAGGAAAUACCUCCCAACAUAAUUCACACUGAGAUCUUUGGUUUUGCUAACAAUUAUUGGGAAUUAAGAAGAUGUAGGCCAAAAUUAAAGAAACUGAAGAAACUUUUGAUGGAAAAUCCAUAUGAAGGGCCUGAUGCUCAAAAGGAAAAGGACUCAAAUUAUUCAAAAUAUACAAUGGCAGAUUUUCUUGAUCAAAUUCAGGCAAGCGAGGAGGAAAUCAUGGCCCAUUUACAAGUUCUACAUGCCUGUGAAAUUGGAGGUUACUGGAGAAGCCUUGAAUUUGAUUAUGAGAUGAAACUCUUAAAUCACAUAACCCAACUUGUGGAUUCUGAAUCUUGGCCUUUUAAUAGAGUUCCUUUAACUAUCUGUCUUCAGGAACUUGGACCAUUGGAACCAGAGAAAAUGAUAGAGCACUGUCUUGAAUGUUAUGGAAAGAAAUAUAUAGAUGAAGGUGAAGUUUAUUUCGAAUUAAAUACUGAUAAAAUAUGCAGAGCGACAGCACAGAUGCUAUUACAGAAUGCAGUGAGAUUCAAUCUCUCUGAAUUUCAGGAAGUGUGGCAACAAAGUGUUCCUGAAGGAAUGACAACUAGAAUGGAUCAGCUGAAGGGUUUAGCACUCACAGAUAAAUAUACUCGUCCAGAAACUAUAUUUUUGCUAAAGGUAGAUGAUUUACCUGAAGAAAAUCAGGAAAGAUUCAAUAGCUUAUUCACUCUAAGGGAGAAGUGGACAGAAGAAGAUAUUGCACCGUAUAUUCAAGAUCUGUGUGGAGAGAAGCAAACAAUUGGUGCAUUGCUCACCAAAUAUGCUCGUUCAUCAAUGCAGAAUGGUGUUAAAUUUUAUAAUUCUAGAAGACCUGUCUCUUAAAAGCCAAACAUCACAUACUUUAGGUGUUGGAUGAAUUUUUUGUAUUUGAUGUAUUGAUAUUUUGGUUUUUUUUGUUUUUUGUUUUGGAAAUGUUUAAGCAUUCUGCUUACCUUCAUUUUCAUUUUAAAUUAUUUGAACAAUUGUAGGUAUUUUUAGGUAUUAUUAGCAGUACUGCAUAUAUUAUUUUAUAUAUAGCAAAGAAAAUGACAUUUUCCCUAUUUAGCAUCCCUGUGGUCAAACUCAUAUGUCACCAUUAAACAAGAUGAUUAUC